AUGUCGUCUCAGAAUCGAGGUGCCCAGGGCACCAUUAAGCAGAAAGGAGUAUCAGCAAACAAUCUAUUUUCUGGACGUAGCGCCCCCGGGGCACGGGACCCGAGCCGAAAUGGCAUGCAAAGUGUUGGAAAGAAUGCAGCGAACGUCGUGCGCCGUAUGCCGCCGCCAGCAUCUCUGCCGUCAUUAAGAGCCGAGAAUAAUGGACAGGAUCCGACUACACCCGUGGUUCCUCAAGGUACGGCAGAUUGUACUAAAUUGAACAGCUGGGAGGUACUGGAUGGACUAAAUCUGACAACCCCAACGAACCACCGCUCACACCGACGAGCUGUGCCACCAGCACCACCACAACCAACACAGCCAGCCAACGACUUGCGACCAUCGUGGCUCGUCGCCGCCAACGCCGAGCAACAAGCGAACAACAACCAGGCGAGAGAGUUCCCCUCAUUGGCACCGCCUCCCAACGACGCCGACAAAAUUAACAAGUGGGAAUCUUCUGCGACAUCCCUGUCUAAGAAAAUCCAGGAUAUGUCAGCGGAGGACGAUUUUGAAGGAGGUGUACCGACCCGAUUCCUUGGUUCUUCGCCACCAACGUCAGAUCACGUGUACAAUGGAAAAUCUACUACUCCCAAGUACAACAAUAGUCGAAUCAGCGAAGACGAAGGAUUCGAUUCUCAAGACCGCGACCGUAACUACUCACCGGAAGGCGGCGAUUGGUCGUCGAACGGCUCGCCGAGCCAUCUUGACAGCUAUGGGCCGGAUAAGGAUUCGGAGGGCGAGUUUCGAUCCUUCGUGAGAGACGAUCUCAGGCAAUAUCGGACGAGCGAAAUGCGCAUCUUGAAAAGAGCGACAGAACAGCUGCUACUCCAGGAUAUAUCCGACGACGAAGAUGAAGUCCAAAUGACUCGUCUCGACAAACCAUUGGUUUGCAUCAUCAAACGAGGUGGAGAAUCCAAACCGACGGAGACUCCAAAUUCUGAAAAAUUCGACAAGGAUAACAGUGCUCCUGGUCCAGCACCGGCUGCACCAAAGUCCGCUGUGAAAACAGAGGAGAAGAAGGAGAAGAAGGCCAACAAAGAGUCGAAAGGGUCCAAGAAGGAUGUUAAGGAAACUAAGGAGGCCAAGAACUUCAAAGAAGCUCUGGAGCUCAAUCUUCCCAAAUCCAAGGAAACUAAAAAAGAGGCAAAAGCGCCGAAGAAGGCUCCAGCUGUUGUAGUGAAGGCACCCGUGCCAAUUCCAACUCCAGCUGCGGAUCCGGUUGCUGAUGAGGCACCAGCUGUGGAAGAGGAGACUUCAGUUGAGCAAAUCAUUCUGGCUCCAAUUCCAUCAGAAAACGUGUGGGCGAAGCGGAAAGAGGAGCGAGAGUCGUUGGAGCGCGAGAAGCAGCAGAAGUCUCUCAUGCCACGUGUCAUGCAACAAGCCAUUGAGCAGCACUUCCCGAAGGUUCACGACUCUGCCACAAUCAAGGUGAACAAAGAAUCGACAAGGAAAUCGAGUGAUACUGAAUUCACUCGAGCUGCGAUUCGUGCUCGCAAACAAGCAACAUCCAAUGAUGUUCGACGAUUGAUUGAUACCGAUAGCGGUGUGAGGAUCAUGUUAGCAGCUCGAAAUGGAAACCAGGAGAACAAUGGUGCAGAGGAUCGGCCGCAUCAGCAUGGCAAAGGAGGCAACCAACACUACAAAAACCAAAAUGGAGCUCUGAGAACCAGUCAUGCCAAUGGAAAGUUGUCGGAGAGAGAACGGAAGGAUUCUCAUCGCAGUAAUGUGUCUUCUCAACAUUCCGAGGACAACCGAAGAAUGGCAAAUGGUCAUGCCAAGAAGUGCGAAGAUGUGACAAAUGUCAACGUGGCAAAUUGGGCGGACGAAAUGGAGAAUGAUGGAUUCCAAGAAGUUGGAAAGAAGAAGAAAGUGAAGUUGCUUGAGAAGCAAGCUGCCAAAUCCCGAGCUAAGGAUCAAGGAGGAAAAGGGAAGGCCAAGGAUCCCAAACAAGGUUCUCGUCUUUUUGUUCCAAAAGCUUUGCGUAAAGGUGAGAUAUUACAUUUAAAAAGAUUGAAUGCCUUGUUUUUUGACGUUUCAGAAGCUGACCAUCUUCCAGCCAACGGACUUUUGAGCCCACAAAGUUUGGAAGUUAAGGAAAAACUUGCUGCCGCGAAGGUGACUGAGAAGUGCGACACGGCAACUGCUGCUAAAAAAGCUGCUGACGCUGCUAAGAAGUCGGAUGAGUUGUGGGAUUCUGCAGCGGAUGCUCCGAAGAAACCGGCUCCAAAAGAGUCUGCCAAGGCUGCUUCAAAGAAUGCUCCCAACACUUCUCCAAAGGAUUCUUUAAAAGAGAAGGAAACCUCAAAACCGUCUGGACCAAAGAAAUUGGAGAGCACCAGCCACGUAGAGUUUCCCAAACCAAUCGGUGGAACUGAUGUGGAUAUUGCUGGCUACGAUUUCUCUUUUGAUCCGGAUUUCAAUACCAAUUCCAUCCCUUCGGAUCCAGUGGAGACCCAGAAAGUGCUCAGCGAAGCCACUGGUGAUAAGCAGAUCAAAACGGUUCCUACUGAUGUGAAAAAGCCGCUAAGCCAUCCAGGAGCACCAAAAGGACAUCCAGAGAAUGAGAUGUUCCAAAACCGACCAAACAAUAAUAAUAAUAACAACAACGUUAGCAUGGCACCAUUCUCCAACCACUACUCAUCGUUUCAACCACUCUUCAACAACGGAGAUGCCACCCAUCUCAAUCCUAACGCCCCAUCUCCGCCAAUAAGCUAUCUCAACAUGAUGAACUUCAACAAUAUGAAACAACGACCAGCGUUCCUUGAAAAUGGUCUGCUUGGACGGAUACCAAACCCGCCGGCUGCAGCAGCUGCCGCUGCUGCUGCACAUCAACGGCUGUGGAAUGGUGGACACUUUGACUUGAACUCGCUUGCAGGAAGCCCGCAAGCUAAUUAUAGUUCGAAUGGAUCCUAUGGAUUCUUCAAUAAUUGUCCAGCGCCUAAUGAGAAAUCGUGCAUGCCACCACGACCACUAUUUGGCGGACUGCAAAAUGGAAUGCCAAACGGCAUGGGCAACGAUCAAAUGCCCUUCUUUGAUCGGGCGCCACUACCACCAGCAAAUCUGGCAGUGGGCAGUCAAAGACAGGGUCAUAUGUUCAACGGGAAUAUGGCUCGUCAACAGCAACAGCAGCAGCAAUCGUCGGUGCAGUCUCAUUCAAUGAAUGGAAUGAAGAAUUCGAAUGGGCAGUUUGCGCCUCAAAACUUCGCUCCACAACAAAUGAUGAGAUUGCCACCUUCCAAUGGAGGAUCUCAUCAAGAUGGUGGACCAUUUGUAUUCCGCGGACCUGUCACCCGACCACCAGGUUUGCCAGCACCACCAAGCGGUCCAUCACUAGACAUGAUGUGGCCAAACACCAACAAUUACCAAUUUGGCAAUGCUGGACAUUCCAAUGGUAACUGGAAUGGUGGACAAGCGGCUGGACCGCAUCGUCAGAAUGGCUACAAUCAACGGCAACUUCGCGACAAUCAACAAAUGAACAACCGUAUGCGACCAACACCAGUUCAAGGCAAUCGGCAGUGA